AUGGCGACCGUCUUUAACCCGCUCAAGGACAAGGAUACUUCCUUGACCUCUGCUUCUUCCAUCUCAAGCGACAUUCCCGCACUCGGAGUAGCGCCUGAAACUAAAAGCUCAUGGUUCAAGAGAUCGACAUCAACUUCAAAGGACGCAAUCGCAACACUACCGAGUGUCUUUGAUGAUCCAGAUACGGCGGAUAAAUACCAACCUCCAGAUGCAUGGGAAAACCGCCAUCGCUUUGACCCGCUAUUCCGAUGGACAUGGGGAGAAGAAGCCAAAGUAGUCCGUAAAGUGGACAUUUACAUCAUGUUGUGGGCAUGCAUCAUGUUUAUGGCUCUAGAGUUGGACCGCGCCAAUCUGUCGCAAGCACUCACAGACAAUCUGCUGCCCGAUCUGCAUCUCACGACUGAUGAUUACAAUCUUGGCAAUACUCUUUUUCGACUGAGCUUUCUUGUCGCCGAACUUCCGUCGCAACUUGUCUCCAAAUGGAUGGGCCCAGAUCGAUGGAUUCCCAUGCAAAUCAGUCUUUGGAGUCUGGUAGCCGGUGGUCAGUUUUGGCUGUCGGGAAGAAGCUCAUUCCUAGCGACAAGAGUGCUUCUCGGUGUCUUGCAGGGCGGCUUUAUCCCCGACGUUGUCAUCUAUCUUUCAUACUUUUAUAAACAUGCCGAACUAGCAGUCCGCCUCGGUUGGUUCUGGACAGCUAUGAGCUUUGCUGAUAUUCUCUCGGCCCUCUUCGCCUACGGUCUACUCCAUAUGCGUGGUAUCCAGGGUCUGGCUGGAUGGCGCUGGCUCUUUCUCAUCGAGGGACUGUUGACAUUGGUCAUUGGACUGUUGUCUUGGGUGCUGAUGCCAGCAGGCCCUUGCCAGACCGCCAGUUGGUUCCGUGGUAAAGAUGGCUGGUUCAACGAGGCGGAGGAGAAAAUUAUUGUGAAUCGUGUUAUUCGAGAGGACCCUAGCAAAAGCUCUAUGCAUAACCGAGAGCCCAUCACCCCAAGGCUUCUUUGGCAGAGCUUGAAAGAUUAUGAUCUUUGGCCAUUGUAUAUUCUUGGCCUGGUGUUCCAGAUCCCAAUGACGCCUCCUACGCAAUACCUCACUUUGACGCUUCGAGGUAUAGGCUUCGAUACCUUUGUGACCAAUCUGUUGACAAUUCCAUACACAGUUCUUCACAUGAUUACAAUGUUGGGCCUGACAUACAUGUCAGAGCGGAUCGGUCAGCUUUCGUUGUCGGCAGUCCUGGGCCAAAUCUGGGCAGUCCCCUUCCUAAUCUAUCUGAAUGUCGUCAAUACACAAGAAAUCAAUAGAUGGGUCUUUUGGGUGAUAUUAACCCUUUUGCUAAGUUAUCCGAAUGCCCACCCAAUUCAAGUCGCCUGGAACUCUCGCAAUUCAAAUGCAGUUCGAUCUCGGACAGUGUCUGCUGCCUGCUAUAACAUGUUUGUCCAAGCUGGCUCUGUCAUAUCAGCCAACAUUUAUCGCAAAGAUGAUGCGCCCCGUUAUGUCAGAGGCAAUCGCCAAUUGAUUGCGAUUCUGUUUAUGAAUAUUGUCCUGUACUUCUUGACAAAGCUAUACUAUGUAUACCGCAACAAGUCGAGAGACACAAAAUGGAACGCCAUGACCGAGGAGCAGAAACUAGAGUAUCUUGCGACGACAAAGGACGAGGGAAAUAAGCGACUAGAUUUUAGAUUUGAUCAUUAG